CCCCCUCAACCCCAGCACAGCCCACAGGCACCAUGUCGGACAGUGAUCUGGGUGAGGAUGAAGGCCUCCUCUCCCUGGCAGGCAAGAGGAAGCGGAGGGGGAAUCUGCCCAAGGAGUCGGUGAAGAUCCUGCGGGACUGGCUGUACUUGCACCGCUAUAAUGCCUACCCCUCCGAGCAGGAGAAGCUGAGCCUUUCUGGACAGACCAACCUGUCAGUGCUGCAGAUCUGUAAUUGGUUCAUCAAUGCCCGGCGGCGGCUUCUUCCAGAUAUGCUUCGGAAGGAUGGCAAAGACCCCAACCAGUUCACCAUCUCCCGCCGUGGGGGAAAGGCCUCUGAAGUGGCCCUCCCUCGUGGCAGCAGCCCUUCUGUGCUGGCAAUGUCUGUACCAGCCCCCAGCAGCGUGCUCUCCUUGUCCAUGUGCUCCAUGCCAUUCCACACAGGCCAGGGGGAGAAGGCAGUUGCUCCUUUUCCACAAGGGGAGCUGGAGCCCCCCAAGUCCCUGGUGGCCACUAGCAGCACGCUCACGCUGCUGACCAGGGCUGAUGCUGGAAGCCCUACAGGUGGACUCUUUAAUACGCCACCACCCACACCUCCGGAGCAGGACAAGGAGGACUUCAGUAGCUUCCAGCUGCUGGUAGAGGUGGCGCUACAGAGGGCUGCUGAGAUGGAGCUUCAGAAGCAGCAGGACCCAUCACCUCCCUUGCUGCACACUCCUCUCCCCUUAGUUACGGAAAACCCCAAGUAGGCAUCCGCCAGCCAGGGUGCUCAAGACCUGAGCCAGCUGUCCUGGGUUUUCAUUUUGGGUCCCCCUCAUCCAGAGGGUUUUCUUUGGAUCACUGGCAAGCACUGGGUCAUCUUCUCUGUCAGAGGUCUUCAACAGGAAGAUGGUAGCUAGUGGCACUGCACUGUGAUGAGGCCUUCUGCCAACUGCAUUUCUUCAGGCCUCUUCAGUAAGGAGACCAAGAGAUUGAAGACAGGCAGGGUGCCUCUGCUGCUGCUGCUUCUCCAGAGAUCCCAGGACAUCUUUAUGCCAACCUGCUUCCUGAGCUGGGCACAGAAACCUACCAAGUUCAGACCUGUCCUGGGUCCAAGCUGUCCCUGAGUCGGGCCUCAUUUUGUU